AUGUUGGAAAAAAUUUAUUACAAAGUCAUGACACCUAAAAAUGUUGAACAAACUGCUCUAGAAUUCGAGGAAAAUCUAAAAAAGAAUAUAAAAUAUGUUAAAUUAAAAAACGUGGAGAGGGGAAAAAAAACAAGAGAAAAGCCCAGUGAUGUUCACCUGGCUUUCUGUCCAGUAGUUUCUCGCACUGGAACUGACAUUGAUGCGACACUCAAGAAAAUUAAAGACGAUACACCGACCAUUUUAGUGGUGCUUCAUCACACAUUUGACACUGAGGUUGUUGUGUCAAAUAGCAGUACAUUUGUGGCAAGGGAGAAUAUGCUUGUUGUUGACUGUCUGUUCUACGAGGGUAAAGGAUUGCUUGCCUGUAAAAAAAAUAAGGAGGCUUAUAAAGAAGCUGCAAAGUGGCUAAAAAACCGAAAGGAAGCUGUUGGCAAUUCAAGCCGCAAGCAGGACACAUCCUCCCCAGAUGUCCGGUCUAGUAGAAAUGAUCAUAAUAGAGAUGAACGCAAAAAACUUGAUGCCUCCAAGAAAAAAACGAAAACUUGUGUUAUUCUCUGA